AACUGCGGGGCAGGGGAGCGCGCGGACCCCCGCGGGAUGUCGCUCCCGGAAGUGGCCCCUUGAGCGCCCCGGAACACGAAGUACCGCUUCCCCCUCCUCUUGCCAGCCGGUUGGCGCUCUGCGGCCUCUGCCUGCGGCGCGGGGCGGCGGGCUCGGGGCCGGGGCUCCUCCUCACCCGCCGAGGGGCGACGGCGGCUGCCGUCCCGGCUUCCCGGCUUGGCCAACGCGGUCUCCGCGGGCGGCCGGCCGGCCCCAUCCCGGAAUCCGGCCUGAGGCAUUAACUCAUUUAACCCGCACCAGACCCGUCAGAUGGGUGCUGUCCUUGUCCCCAUCGCACAGACGAGGAAACCGGGGCGUGUGGCUGCACCGUCACAACCUGUGGUCAGCAGAGCCAGGAUGUAAAGCCACGGAGACUGGCUGGACUUGUUGGCCUCGAGCAGGGUAUCAGAAACAGGCCUCCCAGCACUGGCCGCAGGAGAGUUGAAGGUGUCUGUUUUGGGGAGAGCAGCUGGCUGACCCCCAGUGCCACUGACGUCCCUGUGACAGCACUGCCAGGAUCCAGGCCAUCUGAACAGACAUCUGUCUCAUGGAGCCUCCGGGGGAGAAGCCAGGAGAGGCAGGCAGGCUGUGCAUCACCCCCCAGCUGCUGAAGUCACGUACGGGCGAGUUCGACCUGGAGUCCAUCCUGCUGCUGAAGCUGCGAGGGUUAGGGCUGGCUGACCUAGGCUGCCUGGGAGAGUGCCUGGGCCUUGAGUGGCUGGACCUGUCGGGCAACGAGCUCACCCAGCUGGGCCCGCUGGCCUCCUUGCACCAGCUGGCUGUGCUCAACGUCUCCAACAAUCGGCUGACGGGGCUGGAGCCACUGGCAGCCUGUGAGAACCUGCAGAGUCUCAAUGCUGCCGGCAAUCUGCUUGCCACUCCCAGCCAGCUGCAGUGUCUAGCCGGGCUGCAGGGACUUGAGCACCUGCGGCUCCGAGACCCUCUGGCCAGGCUCAGCAACCCGCUCUGCACUAGCCCUUCCUACUGGGCUGCGGUCCGGGAGCUGCUGCCUGGCCUGAAAGUCAUCGACGGUGAGCGUGUGACCGGGCGCGGCAGUGAGCUCUACCAGCUGUGCCGAGAACUGGACAGCUCCUUGCGCCCCAGCUCCAGCCCUGGCCCCAGAGCCACUGAGGCCAAGCCCUGGGUGGAGCCAGGGUACUGGGAGUCUUGGCCCACCCCGAGCAGCUCCAUCCUGGAGGAGGCCUGCCGGCAGUUCCAGGACACCCUGCAGGAGUGCCGGGACCUGGACCGCCAGGCCAGCGACAGCCUGGCCCAGGCUAAGCAGGCACUUAGCCCCGUGGGCACCACCUCUUCCUUUGUCUUUUGAAUGUGUCCCAUGGCCCAGUACAGCCUGGCAGGUGGCCUCGCUGCCUGCAUCUUCCCUCCUUGCCUUUGAACUUGUCUUCAGUGUUUCCCCACGAUGGUCACUGGCCCAGCACACUGGGCUAUUCAUUUAUCCAUGUCCUGAGAGCAGCCCCUCCCCCUCUCCCCUCAGGGACAUUUCCCCACCCUCCCUCCACAUACUGCAAGGACACACCCCCAAGUGACCUCUAGCAGUGUAAGGGCCCACAGCCCACUGAGCUGUUGUGUCCACAGCUGCUGCCACCCCUGCUGCUCCAGCCUGAGACUUGGUGGAGGAGUUACUUCCUCCUAAGGCUACAGGUGAGAAAGGUGGGAUGGACCAGCCUCCUGUCCCAGCAACCUGGGAUAGUAUGGGCAGGGCUCAGUGGCCAGAACAUUCCUUAUCACCCGCCUUCCAGAUUGGCCUGUCCAGAUGACCCAUCCUGUGCUGUCCUGGAGCCCUCUCUGCCUGUGCUCACCCAGGCCUCUUUAUUAAACAGCUCUGCUUUCAUUUGCAUCACUGA